AUGAUUCCAAGAGCAACGACAAGAUCAACGAGGGCCAUCGUCCCCGGUCGUAGAUUCAUGGCGUCCAUUAACACGGGGGCCCAUUCCUCAACGUAUGCCCCCAAACACACUGUUAGAAACGCAAUUGUAAAGAUCUUCCUUUCAGUGUCCACCUUCUAUAUUGGUGGAGUCGCAUUAACACAGUAUUACGAAGGGAAGGACAGUAAAGUGCGUGAUUGGUUUGAAGGGUACGUCCCGGGAGCAAUCGGAUCAGUGCAAUUGUAUAGGGAUUAUAAGGUGGGCGACUUACAAUGGGAGAAAUUGAGACAUAAGUAUGGUAGUUUGAUUACGGGAAACACUAUCGGAAUUCCUGUGCACCGCCCUGAAACUGUGGCCUCGAAGCCUCCACCGGUUACAGUUUCUACUUUGAAGAAACCCUUACAAUUGGAAUUGCUAGAUGAAGAAAAUUUAGAUCAAGAAUUCCAAGAUGUCGUACAUCAUUUCAAUGCACUAGUGAAAUUAGUUAAUUCGGGUCAUUUGAAGAUGGAUGCCGAUUUGAAAGAGAAAUUUGAUGAUGGUUAUAUGAUUUUAUCAGGAGCAAUGGCAGAAUUGGGUAAGAACUUGAAUGAUUCUAUUAGUAAGAGUGUCCUGGAAAAAACUGCCAAUUAUGUUUCUGAUUUGAAUAAACAGUUUGAAGAAUCUCUUACCAAUAAUACUAUUGAAUUGAAUAAUAGUUACUCCAAAAAUUUCCAAAUUUUUAAAGAAGAAUUGGAAAACCGUUCGCAAAAACAGCUUCAGAUGGAAGUGAAAGCCUUAGAAGAAUUACUACUUACAAGACACGUGAAUGAGGUAAAACUUUUAUCUAUUACCCAAGUGAAAGAAUUCAAUAAAAUCAUUCAGGAAAAAAUCGAACAGGAAAGAAACGGCAAGUUAGCCAAAUUAGAUGACUUGAAUACACAGGUAGCCAGCUUCUCAGAAAGUGUUGACAAUUUAGAUCAAUAUUUGACCAAGGCAGAGACUAUUAAGCAAUUGACCGUAUUGUUGGAGAAUUUAAGACAAAAAUUAUACUCUAAUGGAUCACACAGUAUCGAGAUCAACAAAGAAUUACGCAGACUCAAUAUGUUGGUGGACAUUCUUCCAAGAGGACCUCCACACUGUUGCUCGAAGGAAGACCAAAUGCAAACAUUACUCGACAUUGCUGUGGCAGAACUUAAUAAUGUUGUUACAGAUGAAAAACUACUUUCCAAUGAACAACUUUUCAAUAGAUGGAACCUAUUACAAGAUGAUUUCAAGACUGCAUCUCUAUUACCAGAAAAUGCUGGUGUAUUUGGCCAUCUAAUGGCAAAGUUCUUCUCGCUUUUCUUGUUUACUAAGUCUGGGAUUUCUACAGACGCCAAUGACAUGGAUGCUGUAUUCGCAAGAGUAAAAGAAGAUUUGAGAUUUGCAAAUUUGGAUAAAGCCUUAGAAGAGGCUGUUAAUCUAGAAGGUUGGCCACAUGUCUUAUGUGAAUCGUGGAUUAAAGACACUAGAAGAAAAUUGGAAGUGGAAUCAUUAGUUGAACUAUUGGAAAAUGAGGUCAGGACUUUGUAA